AUGGGAAGAAAGCUGCGAUGUGUGCUGAUUUUCCUUAUCAUCCUGAAGGAGCCCAACAUGCCUGAAGCCUGCAGAUGUGCACCGUCAUCAGCCUGCAAAUGCCCCAAACAGGGUCUCACCAGCAUCCCACAGAACCUCCCUACAUCUAUCACUACCUUAGACCUUUCCCGCAACAAGUUAACAAGUAUUAAGGCUGUUACAUUUGCAAGUGUACCCCGUCUACAGACAUUGUACCUGGCCUACAACAAGAUUACUGUAAUUCAGCGUGGUGCAUUUGCAAAUCUACAUCAGCUACAAACGUUGGCCCUGCACUACAACCAAUUAACAGAGAUUCGAGCAGGUUUGUUUGCAAAUAUGUCAAAGCUACAGGAGUUAGUUGUGACCUACAACCAGAUAACAAUGAUUCAGCCAGGUACAUUUGUGAAUCUACACCAGCUAAAAUCGUUGUUUCUGUCCAACAACAAAAUAGCAAUGAUUCAGCAUGGCACAUUCGUAAAUCUGACCCGGCUACAGCAGUUUUACCUGUCUUUCAAUCAGAUAACAAUGAUUCAAUCUGCUGGUAUUGUCCUGAUUGUUACCAUCAUUCUAACAGUUUGGUACAAGAGGAAGAUCAUCUGCUACUGUAAUGACCAGUGGUGA